GUCUUACAUAAAAUCAGCUUUAGUAUUGUUCCAACUUUAGUGAAGAUUGCACAAAAAUGAGUUUUCUUAACAAAGUCGUGCUAGUAACUGGGGCUAGUUCUGGUAUUGGAGCUGCAACUGCACAACUAUUUGCUAAAGAGGGAGCAAAAGUAGCUCUUGUAGGAAGAAAUGUGAAAAAACUUAACAAAGUUGCAGAAAAGUGUCAAAGUAACGCAAUACAUGUCAUACGAGCUGAUAUAUCUCACGACGAUGAGGCUAAAACAGUUAUGGAUACUACCAUAUCGAAAUUUGAAAAAUUGGAUGUUUUAGUAAACAAUGCAGGUAUAUCGCAAUAUGCAACAAUAUUCGAUGAAAAUUUAAUGAAAUGUUACGAUGAGAUCAUGAAAAUUAACGUUAGAGCACACGUUUACAUGACCCAUCUGGCUGUCCCUCAUCUCAUUGAAUCUAAAGCAGGAAUGGAUCAUUUUACGAGAGCUGCUGCGAAAGAACUUGCUCCUCACGGGGUCCGAGUAAACUCAGUGAGCCCAGGGCCGGUUAGAACAGAUAUAAUGGAGAACUCAGGCUAUAUUGAUGUAUCUUGGGACGAAGCAAAACACUUAACCAUGCUACACAAAAUAUCAGAACCUGAAGAAAUAGCUGACUUGAUUACUUUCUUGGCAAGUGAAAAAGCUAGAAGUAUAACAGGAUCUAAUUAUAUAUGUGAUAAUGGCGCAAAGCUAAAGCAUAACUAAAAUGACAAAUUCAUAUUCAAUAGCGUCUUAAAGAAUAUAGACACCUAUUAAAUAUAUAUGAGAUAACAUAUUUAUGGAAGCUUUUGCUCUUUUCCUUCCUAGAUUAUCGAUAUAAGAUCCAUAAUGAUAAUGUAUAACUGUAAAAAUAAUAUUGAAAAUAUGGGAGAAACGUUCAAAAUAAAAAUAUUUUUCUAUUGAA